AUGAAAUUUUCAGCAACAAAUAUCCGUCUCGUAGCACUGAACUGCCGGUCGCUGUCAAGUGGAGUCCAACAACCCACUUUAUCCAGAGUUUUGCAUGCACCGUUUGCUGCAUUGCAGGAAACACGCAUCAGGGAUCGCCCUUUCAUCAGUAUCGGCAAUUACACCAUCUACUGUGGCGAUGCUGAUGAAAGGAAAGUAGGAGGCUGCGCAGUAGCUGUUAGGAACGAUUAUAACAACCUGGUGGAGGAGUUUGGAUCAACGUCGUCAAGAUGCGCUUUUUCGAUUGCGGGAUCGCGGAGGACUCAAACUCUGGAUCCUAAGUGCUCACGCACCUACGGAGACCGCGGAGGGCCACAACAAGGACGCAUUUUAUGA